AUGACUGAAACCAUCAUUGAUUCAUUCAAACAAGCAGGACAAAACCAUUUGUUCAAGUAUUUCCAAUCUUUGACUCACCAACAACAGGAAAGUUUCUUAGAUCAACUUUCAACCAUCGAUGAUCCAAUUCAUUUGAUCUCCACUGUUAAGCAAGCAUUAAAUUUUAGUAGUAGUAAUGGUACUAAAUCUUUCAGUCCUUUACCAAAAGCUCAAACUGCUUCUACAUUGGAAUUAGAUGAUCAUUUAAGAACUACUUGGUUUGAUCUGGGUUUAGAAGCUAUUAGUAAUAAUGAAGUAGGGGUUUUAUUAAUGGCUGGAGGUCAAGGUACAAGAUUAGGUUCUAAUGAUCCUAAAGGAUGUUAUAAUAUUGGUUUACCUUCAGGAAAAUGUUUAUUUGAAAUCCAAGCAGAAAAAAUCUUGAAAAUUCAACAAUUAGCUGGUACCAAACAUGGUAAGGAAUGUUUGAUUCAAUGGUAUAUAAUGACAUCUAAACCUACUAGAGAAUCAACUGAACAAUAUUUCAAAUCUCAUGAUUAUUUCGGUAUGAAAGAACUGCAAAUUACCUUCUUUAAUCAAGGUACUUUACCAUGUUUCAAUUUAGAUGGAUCUAAGAUCUUAAUGGAAGAUACUUCCAAGAUUUGUGAAAGUCCUGAUGGUAAUGGAGGUUUAUAUAAAGCCUUAGAACUUAAUGGAUUAAUCAAAGAUUUCGAAACCAAAGGUAUUAAACAUUUACAUAUGUAUUGUGUUGAUAAUAUUCUAGUUAAAGUAGCUGACCCAUUAUUCAUUGGAUUUGCUAUUGAUAAGAAACUUUUGUUAGGUACUAAAGCUGUUAGGAAAAGAGAUGCUUGUGAAAGUGUUGGAUUAAUUGUUAUGAAUGAACAACUUCAAAAACCUUGUGUUAUUGAAUAUAGUGAAAUUUCCCAAGAGUUAGCCAAUAAGAAAGAUCCUCAUGAUGAAUCGAAAUUAUAUUUAAGAGCUGCCAAUAUUGUUAAUCAUUAUUAUUCGGUUGAAUUGUUGAAACAAAUGGUUCCUGAAUGGAUUAAAUCUCAAGAUCAUUUACCUUUCCAUAUUGCAAAGAAGAAAAUUACUUCAUUAAAUGAUGAAGGAUUAGUAGUCAAACCUUCAGAACCAAAUGGUAUCAAAUUAGAACAGUUCAUUUUUGAUGUUUUCACAUCAAUUGAAUUAUCGAAAUUUGGAUGUUUGGAAGUUGAUAGAGCUUCAGAAUUUUCUCCUUUAAAGAAUUCCGUAGCUGCUGCAAAUGAUAAUCCUUUGACUUGUAAGAGAGAUUAUUUAACUUUAGGAACAAACUGGGUAGUUAAGAACGGAGGGAUUGUUAAUGGAUUAGUUGAAGUUAGAGGAUUAACAAGUUAUAAUGGUGAAGGAUUAGAAUUUGUUAAGGGGAAGACCUUCAACGAUGGUGAUAUCAUUUAA